AUGAACUCGGUCCCUGGUGGCGGUCAGCAUGCCUCACCAGAUUCUGCCACCUCUGCAUCGCCCACAGACUUGGCCAUUCUAAAGUAUCUCAAUACGAAAGGAUAUCGAAACCCAGAAGAGCUUGCACCAACAUCGACUACCAUCGAGAAUUUGGCAAUGGAGGUGAUUUCGGAGCAAGAUUCUCAAAUUGCCACUUCUACUCUUUCUGGGGGCUCGCUCACACACAAUCCCUCUCCAACAUCUAUAACCUCUUCAUCUUCCUCAGCCACAGGUGGUAGCUCUAUCCUUGGGGGAUUAUCUUCGCAAAACCCGUCAGCCCCAUCACUGCAGGUGGUUCAUGCUUACGAGCUCCAAUUUAUUAGAAUGAAAAAAUGGAUCCUCAACAGCCUUGAAAUUUAUCGAAUUGAGCUGAUUUCCCUAAUCUUCCCGAUUCUCGUGCAUUGCUAUUUGGAUUUGCACUCAAGAGGAUGUUCAACGGAGGCCACGAACUUUCUCACCACUCAAAGAAAAGAUGCCCUUCUAAGUGCUGCCGAAGAGGAGGAUUUAGACAAGCUCCUUUCGAUUAAGGACAUCGCUCAUUUGCGCGAAAACUCUCUUGCAAUUGCCUUUAGGAGUUAUAAGUUUAAUGUAAAGCUCUCUCUUUAUGCCUUUGAACUUUUUGUCACCUUUGUAAAUGAACAUCGAUUGACCCUGAUCAGGAAAAUCGUCAAUGCUCACAUUAAUCUGAUUGUGACAGAAGGACAUCAUUUUCCAACUACAACGAAUCAGCAGGUCUCGACGGCCUCCAACUCUGGUUCAGGAGGUGCUGCAGGUUUAGCGAGCUUCGUAGGCACUCCCCAAGCAGAGCCUGGAAGGAAAUUUGUCCCUCCGUCGCUUCCAAAAGUAUGGUGGGGUGUUCCUCCCCCGGAGGAAAGCAUCUUAAGAGUCCAUUCAAGUGCGGUUCCUGACCAUGCCUCACCAGUGGUUCUUCAAGAAAAUGAAUCUCUUGCCUCCUCAUCUUCAAUGAUUCCGCCUCUGGAAUCAUUAAGGGGAGAAGAACCGGACACGGCCACCCUUCUUGCUCGCCUUAAAGAACUGGCAAGACGGGUAAUUGUUGGCCGUAAUUUGCUGCCCUCAUCUAUUUGCUAUACUCUUCACAAUUCUUACGGUAGGAUAGGCGUUGUUCGGUUCUCUCCUGACGGGGUUCUCAUGGCCACCGGUUCGGCCGAUUCACAUAUUGACAUUUGGAGCACCGGACGUGGGCUUCCUCCCGGAAAACCUCCUUGCUCAGUAUUGGCCGCUGUAAAGAAAUCACCCGAGCUUGCCCAUCUGGAUUUUGACAUGCUACCGACAAUUGCAGAAAUCAAAGAGUCAAAUGGCGAAUGUUGCUGCGGCGGCGUCGAUGGAAAGCAUUCCAUUUCCAGACGCCUGAUUGGCCAUUCUGGUCCCGUCACUGGCCUCGCAUUUUCAUUUGACCGUCGCAUACUUCUCUCAUCUUCGAUUGACGGUACUCUCCGGCUUUGGUCCUUAGAUAACUUUUCUUCUCUCGUGCUGUUUAGAGGCCAUUCAGGACCAGUUUGGGACGUGGCUGUUUCCCGUGCUGCCACUUGCAAUACGCCAAUUUAUUUUGCUUCUGCUGGAGCAGAUAAGACCAUCCGAAUAUGGUCCUCAGAAUGGCUAUCACCGAUUCGCCUUCUUGUUGGACAUCUUGGAGAUGUGGAGUGCAUAACAUUUCAUCCAAAUAGCCUCUACCUUGCCAGCGGAUCCUCUGAUCGGACAAUUCGCAUUUGGGACGUUCAAACAGGCGCAACUGUCCGUCUUAUGACGUUGAAUAUCAUGUAUUCGUCUUCAUCGAUUACAACAUCGAUUCCAUCUGCUCUCUCUAUUUCUCCUUGUGGAAAGUACUUGGCUGGGGGCGACAGCGGAGGUAGAAUCUACCUAUGGGACAUUUCUACCGGAAACACGCUUUUUUGCUCAGAAGAUAAAGAAAAAGCGCCCUCAAUCUAUCCGAUCUCGUCCCUUGCCUGGUCUAUGAUUGAAGGGAGAAUACUUGCAUCGGCUUCCUUAAAUGGAUCUGUUGCUCUUUGGGAAUUUGGAAUCAAUAAAAGCGAUCCAACGGAUGUGAAAGCAGCCAUGCCAUCAGAGGAUGGAGCAUCGUCGAACAACUGUACUACCCAUCAGUCCUCAUCAUCGCCUCUGACUCUUCUGAAGUGUUAUUAUACAAAAAAUACUCCCGUGCUUGAGAUUGACUUUUCUGCUCGCAAUUUGCUUUUGGUUGCCGGUGCAUAUACCCCUCCACCAACUGCGCUUUGA